AUGAUGAAUCCUUAUAUCAGCUGGGCUCUCCUGCUUGUAGUCGCAGGAGGCCUCGGGUGGUACUACAAUGGCCCUACCCCCAAGGUCAAGACUCCGAUCAAGACUAUUGCAGAGAAAGUCGAAAAUGCACCGAUUGUGAAGAAACAGAAGCGGAAGUCAAAGAAGCCUUCGGAAGCUUCCCCCGCACCCAGCAAGCCUGUUGAAGAGAAGCGUGCAGCCCAGACUACCGGCUCGCAAGCUGAUGAGCAGGACGAGGAGAUCGACCGUAAGGAAUUGGCCAAGCGCUAUAACGCUGUGAAGAAUGGCAUUCCAGCUCAACCCAGUGCUCCCAGCAACAAGUCUGCGAAGAAGAAGAAGAGCAAGGGCGCCCUUCCGCAGCUUGAGAACGGCGAACGUUCUGCUUCUCGUGUUUCCACCCGCACCUCGUCCACCACUGGUGCUGAUGCCGACGAUGACCUAUCCCCCGCUGGUUCCCCCAUUGUCAACGCCACUGUUCCUUCCGCUGGUUACAUUUCUGACAUGCUCGAGGCUCCAGCUCCUGGCGCAUCUGUUCUCCGUGUCACUGGUACCGCGCCGGCUGAGGCUCAGAAGAAGCAGAAGGCUCAGUCUUUCAAGCAGGUCGAAACGAAGAAGCAACGCCAACAGCGCCUGAAGAAUGAAGCUCGCAAGGAGCAGGUGAAGGAAGCUGAGGAGCAGAGACGCAAGUUGCUCGAGAAGCAACUCCACACGGCCCGCGAAGCUGAGCGUCGUGAGGCGGCCAAGUUGACCCCUACCGCUCCCCAGACCAACGCUUGGCAGACCACCGCUGCCCCCAGUGCCACCAACGGUGCCUCCCAGCCUGCCGUGGCCCCUAAGGUUGAGCUGUUGGAUACCUUCGAGCCUGUUGGCUCCGCCACCAAGCCUGCCAAGGAAUGGGAUCAAGGUCUUCCUUCCGAGGAGGAGCAGAUGCGCCUCCUGGGUGCGGAGAACGGUCAGGACCAAUGGACCACUGUCUCCAGCAAAAAGCCCAAGAAGAAGGGUGGAAAGACGGAUGAGAGCGAAGUCAGUGCUUCUGAGAGCCAGCCUACGCCUGCUGCUCCUUCUCCUGCUCCUGUUGAACCUAAGGUGAAAGUGACUCCCACUUAUCUCCCUGAUAUCCUUCGCUCCAACCAGAAGGGACACCCUCUUGAUUCCGACUGGGCUGCCUAA